AUGUCCUCUGAAAAAGAUGCAGACGUUCGUGAUGCCGCGUCCGUGAAGUCCAGUCGCUCGGAGCUGGACAAGGCAAUCGACGCCAGGACAGAGGAUGUGUACACGGAGGGCUCCCUCGACCCGGUCUACCAAGCAAAGGCCACUAUUCUGAAUGAUGCGUUGCAGGAGAUUGGUAUGGGGAAGUACCAAUGGUUCUUGUUCGUCGUGGCCGGCUUUGGAUGGUUGUCAGAUAACCUCUGGCCUAUUGUCACGGGUCUCAUCUUAUCCCCUGUCGUCUACGAGUUCAACGUUGAGGGACCCUUCUUGAAGCUUGGACAAAACAUCGGUCUCCUCGUUGGUGCUGCCUUCUGGGGCAUCGGCUCAGAUGUGUGGGGACGAAAGUGGUGCUUUAACUUGACGCUGGGCAUGACGGGCGUAUUUGCGGUCGCCGCCGGCGCGUCGCCGAACUACGUCGCGCUGUGUUCUCUGGCGGCUGUGUGGAGUAUCGGCGUGGGAGGCAAUCUUCCGGUGGAUAGCGCCGUCUUCCUUGAGUUGAUUCCCGCCAGUCAUCAGUUUCUGCUGACUGUCCUAUCAAUAUGGUGGGCCUUCGGUCAGCUUCUGGGAAGCUUGGUAGCUUGGCCGCUGAUAGCCAACUUCUCAUGCCCUGCUCCUACACCGACAUCACCCUGCCUUGAACGGGAUAACCGCGGAUGGCGCUACUUCUUGUACACCAUGGGUGGUCUCAUGCUUUUCCUCUUCUUCGUCCGCUUCGGGCUCUUCAACUUGUACGAGAGUCCGAAGUACCUGAUGGGGCGUGGUCGAGAUGAAGAAGCCGUAGCGGUUGUGCACAAGGUUGCUGCAUACAAUGGAGUCAAGAGCUCUCUUACCCUCGAGAUGCUGCAAGCGGCCGAGACCCGCUACGCGAGGAAAUCGGAUGAAGAGGGAGCGGAACGCGCUCUAGACACUUCGGCUAUGGGUGCAAUCAAGAGGAAGCUGGACGUCUUCGGCUGGGAGCAUGUUACACCACUCUUCGCUACGCGGAAACUGGCAUGGUCGACCUCUCUUCUCAUCGUCAUCUGGGCUUUGAUUGGCCUCGCUUUCCCGCUCUACAACGCAUUUGUGACUUAUUUCCUACAAACUCGCGGCGCUGACUUCGGCGAUGGUUCAGUGUACAUCACAUACCGCAAUCAAGUCAUUCUGAGCGUCAUCGGUAUCCCAGGCGCUUUGCUCGCUGGAUGGAUCGUUGAGAUCCCAUACCUGGGUAGACGCGGCUCCCUGGCCAUCUCUACGGUUCUGACUGGGGUAUUCCUCUUCGCCUCGACUACAGCACGGACGUCUGACGCACUGCUCGGAUGGAAUUGCGCAUACUCUUUCACAUCCAACAUCAUGUACGGCGUCUUGUAUGCCCUCUCGCCCGAGCUCUUUCCCACGAAGGACCGAGGAACUGGCAACGCGCUUGUCGCGAUGGCCAACCGCGUCUUUGGUAUCAUGUCGCCUAUUAUUGCCCUCUACGCCGAUCUGACCUCCUCGGUGCCCAUCUACAUAUCAGGAGCACUGUUCUUGGUUUCUGGAGUGCUUGCGCUUCUUUUGCCCUUCGAUCCUCGUGGCAAGGCAUCGUUGUAG